AUGAAGCUGAACAUAUUGGCUGGACCAUUACACUGGGGCCUCCUGGUCCUUAGUAUAGUCGGCUUGUGCAGCCAGCUUGUGUCCACUGGCAACCAAAGCUCCCGAGGACAGACAGGGUCAUCGCAGGAGAGGACGGGGACUUGUGAAGUGGUCGCCGCUCACCGUUGCUGCAAUAAGAACAAGAUCGAGGAACGCUCUCAAACAGUCAAGUGCUCCUGCUUCCCAGGACAGGUGGCGGGGACGACGAAGGCUUCGCCCUCUUGUGUCGAAGCCUCCAUUGUUCGUCAGAAGUGGUGGUGUAAAAUGGCGCCGUGUCUGGAGGGGGAAGAGUGCCGAGUUCUGCCCGACCUCACUGGUUGGUCAUGCAUCUCUGGAAACAAAGUAAAGACCACAAAGGUGGCGCGGUAGCACGACAGCAGCUCCAUUUAAUCAACCUGUCCCGGUCUGCUGCAGUCACCUCAACUAACUCUGGACUCCGAGGAGAGUGGAAGCUCAUCAGAUGGA